GGUUAACAAGUUCAUGGACCGUGAGGGGCGCAGGCCUCGCAUACUCGUCGCAAAGAUGGGGCAAGAUGGCCAUGACAGAGGAGCUAAGGUUAUUGCGACAGGAUUUGCAGACAUUGGCUUUGACGUGGACAUAGGCCCCCUCUUCCAGACACCUCGAGAAGUGGCCCAGCAGGCGGUUGAUGCGGAUGUGCACUGUGUGGGUGUGAGCACACUUGCAGCAGGUCAUAAAACUCUCGUGCCUGAACUCAUCAAAGAGCUGAAUGCGCUUGGCCGGCCAGACAUUCUCGUCAUCUGUGGAGGUGUCAUCCCACCUCAGGAUUACGACUUCCUGUAUGAAGCCGGAGUUUCCAGCGUGUUUGGUCCGGGGACUCGUAUUCCAAAAGCAGCUGUCCAAGUGUUGGAUGAUAUUGAGAAGUGCCUGGAGAAGAGGCAGCAAUCCAUGUAA